AAUGCUGUCUCCAAAAAUGCCACUCAGUUCAAAGGAAAUUCCCAACACGACGCCCAGGAGUUUUUACUGUGGCUGCUGGACAGAGUACACGAAGAUCUGAACUCUGGGAAUCCCAUCAGUAGGCCUGCUAUGAAGCCCCCCAUCGAAGAAGAUGACCAAAGCAUGGAGGGGCCGUCUCCUCCCCUGUCUGCCGGCUCUUUUGUCCAAGAACUCUUUCAGGCACAGUACAGGUCGUCUCUCACCUGCCCUCAUUGUCAAAAGCAGAGCAACACGUUCGAUCCCUUCCUGUGCAUCUCCUUGCCGAUCCCGCUGCCCCACACUCGGCCGCUCUAUGUGACGGUGGUGUACCAGGGAAAGUACUCCCACUGCAUGCGGAUUGGAGUUGCUGUUCCUCUGAAAAGUACAGUCUACCGCCUCAGAGAUGCCGUGUCACGUGAGACCAAGAUCCCCAUGGACCAGUUUGUUCUGACUGAAAUGUACUACGACGGCUUUCAUCGCUCGUUUUGCGACGACGACGACGAUCUGGACAUCAUUCAAGAAAGCGAUUCCAUCUUUGCCUUUGAGACUCCGGAGACCUUCCGACUGGAAAACAUUCGCACAAAGCGGGGAAGCCUUCUGGCAAACCUGAAUCACAACAACUUAAAGUACGGCGGAGAAAUCAGCAGGACUCCGUCGUUCAUGCAGGGCGCCAUGACUCCUGUGAGCGGAUCGCCCAAUAAAAACCUGGGCCCUGAAAGAAUCAUCCUUUUGGUGUGCAACAGGGCGUGCACUGGCCACCAAGCCAAGAGGUUCGGCCUCCCCUUUGUGCUUUACAUGGAGCGUACUGUGACGUGGGACGCUCUGCAGAAAGAGAUCCUGGAGAAAAUGCGUCAUCUUUUGAGACCUGGAGUUUAUAUUCAGGUUGGACCUUUCAGUCUUCGGGUGGUCGGUGUUGUUGGCAUCACUUACCUCCUUCCCCAGGAUGAGCGACCUCUGUGUCAUCCAACCGUGGAGAGAGCUUACAAGUCGUGUGGACAAGGAGGACCUCCACAUGUGAAGAUUGUGGUGGAAUGGGACAAAGAGACCAAGGACUAUCUUUUUGGGCACACGGAGGAGGAGUACGUUCCAGAUGCAGAGAGCGUGUAUUUGCACCGAGAGCAGCACCAUCAACCACAGGCCUGCACUUUGGCCCAGUGCUUUCAGCUGUACACCAAGGAAGAACACCUGGCUCCAGACGACGCCUGGCGCUGUCCGCACUGCAAGCAGCUGCAGCAGGGCCGCAUCAAGCUCAGCUUGUGGACGCUGCCGGACGUUCUCAUCCUGCACCUGAAGCGCUUCCGGCAGGAGGGGGACCGGAGGGUAAAGAUGCAGAACAUGGUCCGAUUCCCGCUGAUGGAGAUGGACAUGGCGCCGCAUGUGGUCAAGAGAAGCCAAAGCAGCUGGAGUUUGCCCUCCCACUGGUCUCCAUGGAGACGGUCUUACGGCCUGGGAAGGAACCCCGACGACUACCUGUACGACCUGUAUGCUGUGUGCAACCAUCAUGGCAACAUGCACGGAGGCCACUACACCGCUUACUGUAAAAAUUCCAUCGACGGACAGUGGUACUGCUUCGAUGACAGUGAAGUUUCUCCCAUCGCCGACGAGGAAGUGUGUCAGCAGGGCGCCUACAUCCUGUUUUAUCAGAGGAGAAGUGCCAUUCCCUCCUGGUCUGCCAACAGUUCAGUCGCUGGUUCGACAAGCUCCUCCCUGUGUGAUCACUGGAUCAACAGGCUGCCCGGCAGCAGGCCUGCUAGUUUGGCGUCCGGAGCUUCAUCCAGACGCACUUCUCUGGCUUCACUGGCGGAGUCGGGCGAGUUUCCUGGUGAACGGAUUGAAGACGAUGGAGGAUUCUCCGUUCGGCCCUUCGUGAGGAGCAUCCAGCGGCAGAGCUUGUCCUCCAGGUCGUCCGUUGCGAGCCCGUUAGCCUUCAGCGACGGCGGGAUGAAGCCGUCGUGGUCCCUGUCGGCCAAGCUGCAGAUGAGAUCCAACUCCCCGUCACGCUUCUCCCUGGACUCUCGGUGCUCGCCGCCCCUGGAGAGGAUCGGGGAGGCGUGCGACGACAAGGUUUCCACGUCCUGCUUCGGCAGCUACAGCAGACACGAGCGCUACUUCGGCAGCAGGACCCCCCUAUCCACGAUGGAGAGCAGCUUCAGCGGCCAAGACAAAAGAUUCUUGGAUAUGAUGUACUGCCGAGCUCCGACUCCAGUGGACAAGAAGAGCGAGGCGACGGAAAACAACAACGAGAUCACAGCUGUUGACCAAAACAUAUCACCCGCUCCAGCUGCUCCCCCCAAAGAGCAGAAACGGAAGAGUAGCAUCGGAGGAUUCACGCUAAAGACCGAAAGCUCCUCAAAGGUUUCCAACAAAGCGGAGCAAGAGAAAACUUCCAGAAAGAGGUUGUGCGCUACAAGUAAGAGCUCCACAUCCGAGACGUCUUCCAGUACUCCUGUGAAGGGCAAGAAGGUGAGCAGCACAAAGGAGAAGGCCGUGAAUGCAAAGAAAAACACCUCAACCCCCAGCGGAACGCCCUCAAAGACGAAAGAGUCCCCCCAGCCUGCAGAACCGACGCCACCGUCGAAGCCAUGUGUCCGCUCCACGCCGCAGUCUUCCGCUUCUCCGUCACCAACCGCCAAGAAGAACCAGAGCGUCGCCGACAAAACCUCCUCCGGCGGCCGGAAGCGCCUGGUGGAACGGAGUUUCAGCAGAGACUCCAUGAACACCAGCCCCCUGGUCGACGGCAGCCGCUGCUCCACCCGAUCCUCCCUCUCCAGGAGCGGAGACGUGGGGCGGGUCGAGCGGAGGUCGGUGCGGAGCUCCAGCAGCAGCUCGUCCGUCACCAGCCUGCGCUCGCCCAGCGUCUCCACCCGAGACCUGCAGCGCAGCAGCAAGUCCGAAGAGAAGGGCUUGUCCUUCUUCAAGAGCGCCCUUCGGCAGCGGGAAAGCCGCCGGUCGGCUGAUUUAGGAAAAAGCACCCUGCUGACCAAAAAGAGCUCCGACAAAACGCUCAAGCAGAACGGACAAGCCAAGGAGGUGGAGGAAGCCACCCGGGAGGCGGAUGCUCAAGGAGGAGACGCCAAAAAAGAGACUCCUUUCAAGCCCCCGAGCUCUCUCAGUCGUACGCUCCUCAACGUAGGAAAGUCCAAGUCUUCCCUUUGCGACAUUAGCAAGUCUCCCUCCAGCGGGAAGAAGCCUCUGGAGAGGAUGGCGUCCUCCCGGAAGCUGUCGUCCGGCAUGCAGUCUCCUGCACGAACAACACCGAGGCCUCAAUGAUCGGUAACUAAUCCUCAGAAAAUGCAGCUACUUUUUUGUGCCUAAGUUUCACAGAACACCCGGCGUGUUCACGACUCAUCUUAUGGUUUUGUACACUGGCUUUGAAUUUGGGUUCAGAGUUCAAUCGGCCCCUUUUCAGUGUUUUCUGCCAGUUUUGAUCGUUUACAUGGUUUUUCCCGCAUGGAAAGCUUUUUUUAUCGUUCAUUUUUACACAUUUUUGACAGGAACGCGUCUCGUUCAAGCUUAAAUUCACAAACCCUGAGCUUGUUAGCAUCGAUAGAAGAUUUAAAUAGUCCCGAUCAAUAACAGCUUUUAUAAGUUGAAGAACCAAAACAUCAUUUUAACCUUUUGGAUGUUAAAAGAAGAUCAACAAAAAUGGUUUAAUGUUCUUGUUUUUUUUCUGUCAGCACCAUAUAUUGGGAAAAAUAUUGUUUUUCCAUUUAAAGCUAUAAUUAUAGAUAACACUAAUAGUCUUAAACGAUGGAAGAAUUAAAGCAGCAAAUAUUUAUUUUAAUGAUUAAAAAUAACAUCAAGGCCCAGGACCAAAGCGAGAUUUUAGAAUAUUUUUAAGCCUUUUUUAGAUAAAUAUUUAACGAAGUUGGGCACCCCCAAUAAAAUAUGUGAUCUAUUUUGAAAUAAAAUCCCUAAAAACUUCAAAAUUAGAGAUUUAUCUGUACAGAUACUGAAUGAAAGGAAGUAUUUUUUUGUAUUCUCCAAUGAGUAUCAGGUCCAAACAGUCUAGUCGUUCUCCUGUAGUGGUUUGAAAACAUUUCUUUAAGGUAAAACAUUUGCAAAAUUAUGUCAUUUUUCAAAUUUCUGGUGCUGAAAUUGGCCAAACAUGCUCCCUUGUUGAAGGAGGAAGCGGUUUGUAAAAAGCUGUGGUACCUCAUAGGAGGAAGAGGAUGAGGAGGAGGUUUCUACCUCUCUUGAUCUCAUCUGAGCCGCUGGAUCCACCUUAACCCCCGAAGGAGCAAACUCCUGCAGUACUCAAACAUUAGAUCGGGAUGCAUCACCGUUCCUCUCGGAUGGUUUGUAGAAAAACCACCAAAAGUAGCAUUAUUCAUCAAAUGUCUUCACAGAAUGUAGUUUUUCUGGCAUUAAUAAAUCGGAUUGUGUUGCUGUUUUGCUCUUCGGUGCUUCACAGCAGGUGAAUGAAUGCAGUUUUAAUGACUUCCAAUUUGAAUGUUUUAACACAUAGUGCUAAUUUUUCCUAAUUUUCACUUUUUUUUAGGUUUUCAGUAAAAAUUUGAUAGAUUUGCAAUUCUAAGUUCUAAGUUCAGUGCUGCAGCAUCAAAUGUGGUAAUUUUGAGUUUUUUUCUUAACAGGAAUGCUUUUAAUAUCUGUACACGUGUCACUUUACUUGCAACCAGUCAUAGGAAAAAUAUCUUUAUUUAGUUUCUUUUCCUAAAUUUAUGGCGUUCGUUGACUGUUGACUUAAAAACGUGUUUGUGGCGGAUCCGAGCGCCUGUCUUUCAUGCUAGCUGGCCUUCACCUGAUGUCUGUAACGGCGUUCAUGCUGGAGCUGGUCAGAACACAGGAUAAUUACAAGAAGAGAGAAAAUCCAUUAGCUGUAGUGCAUUAAGAUGAACGCUUUUGAUACUUAAGGAUGUAGUAGGAAUAGGAAAUCUAUUUAAGCAUAUAUGUAUGUGAUGGAAGGAGGAGGCUCUUUGACAAUCUGAGUUGUACUGUACACACUUUAUUAUGAAAUACUGUACAUACGGCCCCUAGUUUUAGAACUUUUUUAUGUUUUCUUUUAGCUUCCAAAAUAAAAGCAUCACUUUGGUUCCAAGAGUUUAAUUACAAAGCAGAAAACUUCAUUUCAAUAAUUUAUAAUCAAAGAGAAAAUGACACUAAUUCUUUAUUUUUUGUUUACAAAAAUGAGUCACUUAUGAGUGAAAAUCCACAGUGUGUUUUUGCACUUCAGCUGAUGAUGUAAAACUGCAAAUAUUAGUAAUUUUUUUUAAUAGAUUUGUUGUCGAUGUACAAAUAUGAAAAUGAUUUAGGAAUGCACUAAUGCAUGGAAAUGCUAAUGCAUGUGUUUUUUUUAUUUUUAUUUUUUUAUCAACUAUGCAACAAUCUGCAGCUGUGUAAAGUAGCGAGCAGUGCAUGGCCCGUAUAUCUCCAUCGCUCAAUUUGCACACCAUUCUGAUGCUCAAAAGAUGUAAAGCGCAUUAUUCCAUAAAAGCAUUCAAAUAUAAAAACGUGUGUGUGUAAGAAUAUAUCUAAUGGUAUAAUAACUAUUAUUUUCAUACCAUUUAAAUAUUUGUC